AUGGCGGUGGAGGACUACUACAAGAUCCUGGGCGUGCCCAAGGUUGCCACCGCCGGCGACAUCAGGAAGGCCUACCACAAGGGCGCGCUCAAGUGGCACCCGGACAAGAACCCCGACCACAAGAUCGAGGUUCUCAAGGACCCGGUGAAGCGCGCGGUGUAUGACAGGCUCGCCGCCAAGGAGGGGCUCAAGCGGAACGUGCCGCCACCGGCGGCGGCCGCCACUGCCCGUACAUCAUCGGGUGGCUCGCGCGGUGCCGGCCAUGGAUGCGCGCCCAGCGCGUCUAAGGCCACCGGUUUUGGUCGCACUGGAGGCGCGAAGAACGCCAGCGCUGGGCUAUGGCCGCACUGGAGGCGCGAAGCACGCGGGCGGUGCAGGCACGGGACGCGCGCCGGGUGCGGCUAA